UUCUCACCAUUUUAGUUACAGACUAAACUAAAAAUAAGCGAGUAUUUGGUGAUUUGUAAAUAUGACAUAAAAUAAUAUGGUUUCGGUUAAUUUUAAAUUAUUUUUUAAGCAAUUUAAUGGGGCAAUAAAGAAGGUAGAAAGGAAUGAUUGAUUAUACUGGCUUUCAAAUUCGGAGUAGGACUUUGAAAUGUUAAUAUUGGAAUAUGGGUUGUGUUUGUUGUUCAAUAAGUUCGUUUGUGUCCAUUAUUCUAGAUGCUCUCGAAAGGAUAUCACUAUGCACAGUUUGUGCGAUGCUCACUUGCUGCUUGACUUUGACGAUAUUGACUGUGAUGCUGCUAGGUAUUGGCAUCGGGUAUCACUACUGUUUUGUACAAAACUCCGUAGAUGCCAUGGCUAAAGCCGCUGCAUCCGCGGGUGCUUUGCGUUCGGGCCAAGCUGAGCCCGGCCCCGUGAUGCGCUCCUUAGGCAGGGCGGCGACGCGCGGGUUUGCGCACAGAGUCGCGCGGCGCGACGUCGCCGGUCCGCCCGACUCCAAUGCGACCAUAGACAACUCUACUACUUUCGCCGCGCCCGGUAAUUUUACGACAACUCUCACAAAAUUGGGGUUCAGUUGAUAUUAAAAAUAAAAUGCAUUGUU